AUGCUCGACCCUGCCGUGCAGGAGAGCCAAAUCGUGCAGCCGGACUACGAUCCUCCAGUCCAGGCUGCUGAUUUUGGUAGCGAUGACACAGUCAUGUCUGAUGACAAUGAUCAGCAAGGCAUCGAGGUCGAUGAAAGUGUUCGUCGUAUCGAUGCUCAACCUGCCAGUGUGGUCGAGGAAACCCAGUUUGUGAAUCUUGAGAUUGACACACAGGCUCCAGAGAAAAUCGCUUUCAACAGAUCCGCAUCCGCAUUUACUUCUAUCGUUCGGGAUGCUCAGGCGUUCCUUCCGGUCAAUGAACCUCACUUCACACGUCUCCCUGAACCUGACCUCGACGAUAUCAACGUUGGGUUCAGAUUCGGACAGCCAAGCAAACCAGUUCCAGGUCAGUACACACACAAUCCCAAGCAGAGAAAGCCCUCUGCGGCAUCUGCAGCUUCUCAUGAAAAAGAUGACAAGCUCUCUGGACAAGCUUCAGCUGCUAAGCUUGGCCAACCUGCUCCGUUCUAUACCACUGCGGGUAGCAUUGAAGCUGCUCCAUCAAAUCCCGAUAUGACCAGUGCAGCUUCUAUCAAACUCGUCAAUGCUACCGUCAAAACUUCCGUUGUCUCACAGUAUUCCAAGUCGAGUCAUACUUCGUCAAGUGCAUCAGGUCGGGCGUCAACUGUCCUCGGAAGCAAUGGCACAAAGUCUGUUUCUGGUCAACCUCCAUCCGCAAAAGCAGGAUCUGGAACUUCCGAAAAUAUGUCUGUCACUUCGCACGUUCGAAAGCCAACUAUUCAAUCUCAUCAUCAGGCAGAUUCCUCAAGCAAGAGUCCGAUCACCCCUUCUCGCACCAAGUUUCCUCAGCAUGCACUUGAUUCUCCAGCUCUACAGCAAACCACAGCUGUACCAACACCAAAGACCGCCCCUGAAGUAACAGUAGAAGAGCCUGUACCUAAAAGCUUGCCACGCCCCGCAGCUCCUUGGCCACAAAUGGCAGAUAAUCCUGCCAUUGGUCCCCAACAGGCCGCCCUGCGAGGAGCAGUUCAACUAGAAGUACCUCUCAACGGACAACCUGCCCCACGAUCGGCUGGCAAGCCCCCUACUCGAAGAAAGAGUUUGGUACGAGAAACCAACUUUAAAGCCCCUCCACCACAUAGGACCUCGCGAUCCAUAGCUCGUCCUUUUCCAGAAGUUCAAGCGGAGUCGAAUCAUUUCAAACAGCCAGCCAAACCCAAAUCGAAGGCCGCCACUGAUGCUACGAAUCAUGGCUCUCAUCACUUUCCAGACCAAGUACGAGUAAGCCAUCCACUCGAAAACCAUACUGCUUUUGAUGGUAUCCAAGCUGGCCUAGAAGAACCUCGAAAUAUCGAAGCACGUCCUAGGGCUCCCAGAUUUCCACCACAGGACGUUGUACUUCCCCCGCCAGUCGUUCGGGCAGAGGCACCUUCUCCUGUGGGAUCAAUGAUAUCCCAACGCUCUAACAUGUCUGUCCGGAUCACAAAAGCCCCUUCUACCUCUUUGGCAGAAACUACAUCCAAGUCUCAGGCACUCCGAGCUAGGCACAAUUCGAAAGUUUCAAAGCCUCUAGCCACCAGUAGUUCCAGUGCGAAAUUACAGUCGACGAAAGUGACCGGUAGCUCUCCAAAAAUCAACGAUACACACGUGCCUUUGGAGGUCGAUCAGGCAGCUGAUGGUAAUUCUCAGGAGCCAGCAAAUCCCCCCGUUGCAUCCACAUCAGACCAAACACCGACAGCGAGAACGGCACCGCCAAAACCAAAGAAUGUCCGAAAAUUAUCGUCAUCAUUGGAAUGGCGUCUGUCUCUUGGCAGAGUCUACGAGGAAAAGAUAGCUGCUUUGGAAUCGGACUUAGAAUCGAAAGAUGAACAACUCCAGUCUAUCCAUAAACAGCUAAUGGAGCAGAAUUCCUCAGUGCAUAGGGAUCUGCAGUCAACCAAGGAAGAAAACGAUUUACUCCGUAAGGCCAAGGAAGUCUUGGAAGCUAAAAGACACGAGACCAAGGAGAAGGUUGAGAGAUGGGAGCGUCGAAUGAGUGCAUACAAGGAGCACAUGAAUGAUGUCGUUAAGCUCCAGAACUUUUUGAAAUCACAAGCAGAGGUGAUCCAGGCCAAGGAACAAGAAAAAAACAGAGAAAGCAUUAACAGAAUCGCACAAGUGCUUGAAGAAAUCAAGGCUGCAAAGGCAGAACUCAACUCUGCUGCAGAGGCAGAAAAGGUUACAGCCAAAGCCCGGAACGAUCUUGAAGGUGUUCAAAAUAAUCUUAAAAAAGGUAUGUUUGGAACCUUUUCAACGGCAGCGAAACAGCUUCCGCUAUUCUAAGUUUCUAGAAUAUGCGAAGAAGCUGUUAUUCAGAGAUUACUUAGAUACUAACCUGCAUCAAUGGUCAUACUAACACAUGAGUAGUCAAGGCGGACAAGGCAGCCGUCGAUCAAACCGUCAAAAGCUACAAGGCCGCAAUCAACAAGUAUCUACUCGAUCUACAGGAAGAGAAGUCAAAAGUCGAAAAGUUACAGAAGCAGUUGAAGGGUGAAAAGGAGGCACACGCAAAACUCAUCAGUACCUUGGAAGAUCUCCCUCAGAAGGUUACCGCAGAGUUUCGCAAAGACAACGGUCCCUUAGCGGAUUUGCUCUCGACGCAGGUCUCCCUUCAGAACAAGUAAGCCACCUUCUUCUACCCUUAGUUUAGAUGUAAAGUAAUCGCAAUGCUGACUCUUUCAGGAUUGAUGCUGCUCUUGAGGUUCUCGGGGAAUUGAAAACACAAGAGAUAAAGCCAUCGUCUUCUUUGGUGAAGCACAUCGAAGAGCUCUUUGCUCAAAUUCCACAACCAUCAACCCCGCCACCAGAUGAAAAAGCUUCUACUGAGCAGGUUAUUUCUAAAUUGUUUGGGGAGCUUAAGACGUCGCUGGACAGUUUCGUCUCCGAUUCCCAGGCACAGGUGAACCUCACAGCUCAAAUUACCGAGCUCCAGCAAAACAACAGCACCUUAUCCGCUACUGUGACCUCUAGCAACCAACAAAAGAACAAGCUAGCUGGACAACUCGAAGAAACACAACGCCACGUGGAUGAGUACCGUAACCAGUUAGAUUUCAAGACCCAGGAACUGGAGGCACUACAGGCUUUGCCGAAGGAAGACCCGCGUUUGGUCGCCAAAAUUGAAGAACUUGAAGAUGAAAACCUAGGUCUUCGAGGUCAACUUCAAGAGUCCACGCGUUUGAGAGAAGAAAACCUGACACUUCAUAAGAAAGUUGGAGAUUACGAGAAUCAGUGCAGUCGUCACGAGGGGGAAAAGCAAGAGAUUCGGGACUCUUUCAUAGCAGAGAAGAAGAAGGACAACGAGAUAGCCGAAAAGGUUAGAAAAGAGUCUACUUUUCAAUCUGAUCGAAAGAUUAAAAGUCUUAAGCAAACACUCCAGGAGGUGGAGUCCGAACUCAAUCAAUUGAAGCCCAAGUCAACUACUCAACUUGAGAACAUCAAGAAGUUGACAGAGGAAGUAGAACGCUAUCGGAAAGCACAAGAUAGUAGCAAGGCUGAAGCUCAGAAGCAUACCGAUGAGCUUACUUCUGAGAUUGAAACGCUCCAGAAUCAAGUUUCGGAUCUGAAGGCAGAACUUGCCAAAUGGCUAAAGCCGAGUCAAGUAGCUGCAGAAAAGGAGGUACUUCUAAAGCAAAUCUCAGAGCUCAAGGCAGAACUGAAAGAUAAGGCUUCACGGCUUGAUAUUAUGGGGUCUCCGAGAGACAUGCUUCGAAAGAAUUCGCAGAAGGAUUUCAGUCGCAGAGAGAUCCCGGAAAGCCAAGGAUACCGUGAUAUCGAGGUCAGUCAGUUGCACCAAGAAAAGUUGAAAGGACCCUCGUUACCCACGAAGCGCAUACCAUUUGGACGUUGGGACCGAACAACAGGUGAUGGUUUUGAUUUUCGUGAACCGGUCGUUAUACCAGAUUCCCAAUCACAGGAAGCUGCUGAAGGGCGUCUACAAAACACCAGUACGGAAGAUCAUGGAUUCAGCCAAGGCCGGUCAUCGCAGCCUAUGCAAAGGACCCCUCCGAAAUCGCUUUCGGCAACCGGAUCUGGGCGCUCUAGUGCGAUGAGCGAGCUCACAGAUAUAGACGAGUUCAUGCCUGUUCCCACCUCAGAUGAUGACUACGAUCAACUAGGCAAGGUAUAUGAGAAGGCGAGAGUCAGAAAGAGCUCUCGUGAUUUCUUGGACCCUGAUGAAGAUCUUGAGAAGAUACGAGCUCAAAAUAUACUCGACAGAGCUAAGAGACGAUCGAGCCAACCGAACCAUCGCGCAACUUCUUCUGCUCAGCUCAAGAGCGCUCUCAAGGCUAGCUCCACAGGUUCCCAAGAUUCAACAGAUUCAGGCGCCCAAAAAGGUAUAGGGGUGACAGCAGACCAGCCAGUGCGAAGAAAGCCACCACCUGCGCUACGAGGAAAUCCUUAUAAUCGUGUUGUUUCUGGUUCAACACCAAUAAAGCCUUAUCUUGUACCAGAAACUUCUCCUAUCCACAAUGGCGGGGUCUCUCGUCGGAAUGGCACAGGGCUUGGGCAAAAGCGAAAGUCAGGAUCGGAACUCGUGUCCCCCAAGGCAUCCAAAGCUUCAAUGACUGGAAAUUCAAGCAAUGAUCGAUUGAAGAUGCCGCCUCCACCGAUCAGAAGACCUUCUACUCGCUCAGCCUCAAUUCCUCCACCAGAAUCAAAAUUUCCUCCGAGCCGAUUAUCACUUCCCCAUCCUACUGUGGCUUUGAAGCCAAAAGCCCUUAGCAAAAGACGAUGA